AUGUCGAACAAAUAUUUUUCGCCUCUCUUCAUACAACCCCAUAUCCCCUUCGCCCCGGCGGACGGCCUUGCGUACGAGGGUACGGAAGAGGAGGAUGAACAUAUCUAUGCCAUGCAACCGCUGAAAGACAGCGAAUUCAUUCCGCUCCUUCGCUCUCCUCAAAACAUCGCUUUGUACAGACCUCCAUUGUUCCGAUACGCCUGGAUCAUCGACAACGACCACCUGAAGCGCAUCAUGUCAGAGAGGUUCCCGAAGUCCAUUACAUUGGUCGACCGGCCUUCCGACAAACCAACGCUUCCGCCAGAGUACUACGGUUAUUUCGAAUUCCCCGGGAACCCCAGUCCGAAGACGAAGAUCGGCAGUUUCAAUUUCACGCUCCAAGACGGGAAGCUCCUCACGGCCCUGGUGGAUCUUAUCGAGCUGCCGAGCAAAUACGUGGACUGCCUCGAACUUUAUGUACUCCUGGUCGACAAGAAUGGCAGUGCGAUACGGGGGAUACAGAUCGGGUCCAACUACCAGGACGUGAUCCCACCGGAGUACACCCUCAAACUGCGGGAAGUGCUUGAGAUGGGUGACGAGGAUCCGAUGUGGUACAUCGAUAUAGUGCAGCGGUAUUGGCGGCGUAUCAGGUCGCUUCCGGGUGUCCCUAACGAGAAGAUCGUCUACCCCUCCGACUAA